UUUGUCUUUGCAUCAGCUUCUGUGUCAUUAUUAGGUUCUGUACGUGGAUAUAUGUUUGAAAUUAUUGCACAUAAUGAACUCAGUGCUGUAGAUGAUAUUGAAGAUGGCAAAUACUGUAAACCGGUAGCAAGGAAUUUCGAAACUAUCGAUGCCAUCUAUAUUGGAAAAGAUUAUGACUUCACAUUUCAGAUGACGGUGGGAAGAACACACGAUAUUAAACAACAUGGAUAUGAAUUACUACAUGAAAAGCUAGGUGGUGAGUCAGCAGAUCAUACUAUCCGACACUAUUUUGUUGUUCCAAAAGAUACAUUUAAAAAUUUUCAAAAACAACCGUUCACAGUGAAGAAGGAAGAAAGAGGUCAACCAAAAAAUGUAGUGAAUGUCAAACAAUGGAUCACAAAAAGAAUAGAGCAGUACGUAUUACUUUUAGAUGUUGAAAUUUGUGAAUUGGGUGGAAAUAUUAAGAAGUUUACAGUUCAAGGGUUUUAUGAGAGAAAUAUCAAGAAUAAGGAUAUUUUAAAUAAUAUUGGUUUAUGGUUUGAUA